AUGACGGACCAACCAACGCCCCAAAUUACAUCCUCCUCUCUUUACUUUAUGGGAAGUAAUCAAUGGUAUCAAUCUGGAAUUCCAGGCUUACCAUCUUCCUAUGAUUGUGUCAUGGAUCUACGGCCAGUUCCAACUCCUUGGCAGAAUUCGGAGGAAAUUAACAAAGUUGCUUGCGGAGCUGAGUACACUCUUGUAUUAUUGAAGAAUGGAAAAGUGUUUGGAGCUGGUUACAAUGGAUAUGGACAGUGUGGAACCAAGAGUGAGCAAUCCUUUCAAGAAUUCAAGUACUUGUCUGGAUUACAACAAUUUGAACCUAUUCGAAAUAUAACAACAGGAGCAGAACAUACGGUGGCAAUUUCUGCCAAAUUUGAAGUGAUUGGUUCAGGUUAUAAUUCUCAUAAUGAACUUGGAGAAAAUCAAGGACACAACUCGUUUGAAUUUAAACCAAUACAACCCUUAAUGGAUCUUAUCAAACAUCAUGAAGGAACUGUUGAAAUUGCUGACAUUAGUUGUGGAAGUUGGACAACAAGUGUUUUGACAAAAAACGGAAAUGUGUACACAUGUGGAGAAGCUAGCUCGGAAAAUACUGAGCCUCGCAAAAUGAAUAUUUCUUGUGUGAAAGAACUCUUCUCAGGUGAACGUGUGAUAUAUUGUAGAGACAUUUUGAAUGAUUUUUAUGUGCUGACUGAUGAGCAAACACCUGUCAAAAUUCUAAUUGAUACAAUGUCUAUCUUUGUGAAUCGGUUAUUUUGUAAUGUCGAUGAAGAAGAUUUCAUUGGAUAUGAAAUAUUUGAGAAGUCAACUGGAAAAUGGUAUCUUGAUAUGAAAAAUGAAAUUGGCUCAGAAAUCAGUGGACGCACCUUGCGAGUAGAAUCAAGAGAAAACAGUUUUCUAAUCGCAUCAAAUUUAGAACUUUGUAAUGGAGAACCCAUGUCAUUAAUCAAAGACAUUGUUUAUUGUUGUCAAGCAAUUAUUGUGUUGAUGAAAGAUAAUACAUUACGAGCAUUUGAAACAGAGAGAACACGGGUAAAUUGGAUUUUACAGAGUGGAACAAGAAACACAAAAAUAGUAGUGUGA